AUGCAGACGGGGGGCACGGUUUCCAGUACCGCCACUGGUGGACGGAGGCGCGUGUCGGUGCAGUCCACCAGGAGCGCCGCCGGCGCCACAUCGGCGUCGUCGGUGUGGGAGGCGCGGAUGAAGAUGGACGAGGUCAAGGGCGGCGUCAAGGUCUUCAGCGCCGGCGCCGCCGACGAGCCAGCGGACGAGGAGGGCAUGCGGGUCUACCGCCGCCUGCGCCGCAACCAGAGCGAGGGCAACGGCGCCGGUGCCGCGGCAGCCGCCACCGCCGCGGCCGCCAAGAAGAGGCGCAGCUGGAAGGCUUCUGAGCCGGUCACCGCGAUCGGGGACCUCCGCAAAUCACGCUCCGACGCUGCCGCCGCAGCCGCCUCCGUGACGACGGCCACCACCACCACUGCGGUGGUUGCCAGGCGGGCCGUGGCGCGGGUAUCCACGCCCGAGAAGAAGGUGGCACCCGCGGCGGCCACCGGCGAGGUCAAGGAGGUGGUGGUCGUGGAAGUGCACAAGGCCGCGGCGGCAGACGCCAAGAACGUGGUGCAACAACCAGAUGAGGAGUUGGACGACGACGAGGAGGAGGAUGAAUUAUUGGACGAUGAGUUGGAGACAGAGGAGGAGAAGGAGAUGCUGGAUCAGGAUCACAUGGCCAUUGACGACGAACAAACUGCUCUGGACCAAGGCAAGAAGCCUUAG